AUGAUGAAUAUCGUGCGUAACCCGGCAGCUGCGGCGGGCGGAGCGGCUGCGGAGGCGGCGCAGGGGGGAUCCCGCGGAUCGCGGCAUCCGCUGCUGCGCGCAGCGCAAGCCGUAAUAGGCACUGCCGUUCUGGGUGUUGGCGGAGGGUGCGCGUAUGUCACGUAUGCGUAUGAGACAAAGGAUGUGAUUCAGUGGACCAAGGAGAAGAGGGGGGAAAUUAGCAAGAGACCCCAGGAGGGCCUGGACGGAUUGGUGACUAAGGGCCUGAAUGCUGCUGUGGAUGUGGCCCAAUGGUAUGUCGACACGCGGGCAGACGUGGAAGAGCGCAUUCAUAAGUUCAACCAGCCGGCAUCGGACCGCCUACUCCCAGACCUCACACCCCAGGAGGCGCAUGUCUAUACCCUCGUGCUGGACCUAGAGGGAACUCUCGUGCACUCCGACUGGAAGAGGGACCGUGGCUGGCGCACGUUCAAGCGGCCGGGCGCCGAGGCGUUUCUGGAGAGAAUGGCGCAGUUCUUCGAGGUGGUGGUGUUCUCAGACCAGCUCAAUCUGUCUGUCGAUCCCAUAUUGGAUCGUCUGGAUCAGAAGGGGUGCAUUCGCUACCGCCUAUACCGGGAUGGAACACUCUACACUGACGGGAACUACGUGCGGGACCUAUCCAAGCUCAACCGUGACCCCAACAAGGUCAUCUACAUCAGCUCUCUCCCCCAGUCUGUACUGCAAAAGGAGAAUCUCGUCCCCCUGCCCGCGUGGAAGGACACGGGAUCAGACACAGCACUCCUAGACCUCCUCCCGUUCCUCGAGUGUGAGUGA